AUGGCUUUCACAGACAUUACAGAACGGCUUAGAUCUGCUUCAACGCACUUAAAAUACAGUCAGGUUAUAGCUACGCCUGCGUUCUCUUAUUACGAAAGCAUGUCUGCAGUAGAGCUUAUGGACCCAAAGCUUGAUUCAGGGAUGGAAUUAAUGGCUCUUCCUUUGAUCUCUGAUUUAAUUUCCAAUAGAUCUAUCCCUCAUCCACAAAAUCUUACAGAUUCUCAAGUUCUAGGAAUUUUAGAUCAACAAGUAAAGAAUUUUGCUUUAUGAAUCGAAGGGCAAUCUGUGGUUAAUUCCAUGUAUUCUUGUGUGUAUUUUCACACUCCAGAGCUACUCAAUGAAAGUCUUAUAAUUAAAGCGUGCUUUGAAGCUUGCGUGUUUGUCAUUGAAAACAUCCAUAAACUUGUACACUUGACUACUUGCUUAAGAGAAGAUGACUAUGGAUACUCAGGGAUAAAAUUCCAAGCUUUUGAGGUUGAUGAGCAUGAGCUUGAACAGCACCUUCUGGCAGCUGAAAAAGGAGUGCAAAAUGAAAACAUAUUGGGAGCGCUAAGGUUCUUUAGGGCGUUGUUUUAUUUGGUUAAUAAUUUAGUAAAGCCUAAUGGAUCUGGGCUUGGAGCUGCUGAAUCAUAUAUUCCUUUUAUAGUUAAGCAAUUGGAAGGAAUCAAAGGUAGAAACAAUGAAAUUUUUGCAGAGGUCUUCAAUGAGAAAUACUGCUUAACAAAAGUCCCUUAUUUUGGAGCAAACAAAAUUUACAAAGUUGAAAACUACACAUUUCAAAUGGCAAUUUCUCGCAUAGAAAAAUUCAUUGAGUCUCUUUCAAGACUAUGCUCAAUUCAGGAAGCAACUGACUUAGACCAUUUGGUUUCUUUCUUGAACUCUAUUCCUUCGUUCGACAUUGCUUCUAGAGUUUUAUAUGAGUAUCACCUCUUUGAGACGGUGGAUAAUGAAAUCAAAGUAUUUCACAAUGUUUCAUUGCAGCGGGUACUCAUGAAUUCAAUGCAGAAAUAUGGAAUUGAUAUAAACUUCAUAAGCCAGAAUGGCGAUUUCACUACAUAUAUAAAGCGAGUCGAAAUUGUAUAUAAAGAAACAAUUCUUUUAUCUCUUAAAAAUAAAACUCGCCAGCAAAGGAUCCUUCCCAAGUAUUUCUCUGAUUUCAACAUCCUAAUCAGCGAAGCCAACUAUGUCGAGCAGCAAAUAUUUGGCAAGCAGCGGCAAGGCCAAUUAAUUUUCCAGUGGAUUUUCACACAAGUGAUGUCUCUCAUGAUCCUUUAUCUCAGACUAAGCUUCGAACUCAAACUUUAUGCAGUCUCAGAAAUCGGAAUGGCAAUGUUUUACAUGGAUUUCUUAUAUGGUGCCUACUUAAACGGCUUAAAAGCUUCCAUUGAGUUUUUCACAUCAAAACAAGCUAAAAAGAAAAAAUUAAAAUGCCCAAAAUACUAUCAAGAUGAGUAUAAAUUGGCGUCAGGGCUUAGACUAAUGUGCAGAGGAAUGGUGAGGCUUCAUGCAAUCUUGAUCAAAUAUAAUUUGAUAGAAAACGUUGUUCCUGAAAUUGAGAUUCCACGGUUUAAUAAGAGGUUUAAAGCUUUUAACGCGCUUCAGAUACCUCAGAAAUUGGAAUAUGAUGCAUAUGAGACAGUGAAGUUUUUACCGAAAACUGUAGAAAUUGAUAGGCUCAUUACAGACUGCAAGGAAUCAUUUGACAGUGCUAGAAGCCUACUGAAAGAGUUAGAAGGAUUCCAGUCAAUUAAAGAGCUUAUGAGAGUUUGUGUAUGGAAUACCCUAGCAAUUGGAAAGGGAGUGAAAGCGAGUUGGGAAUGCAAGGCGAGCUUUGAAUACAAUGAAGAUAGUGUGUUUUCAGUCUGCUCAAUUCAAUCAUUAACUUAA